AUGUUGGCUCUCAAUCCAUACAUCUACGCCAUUGUCUUCAAUUGCAUGAUCGCUGCAGCUGAUGCCUCCAUGUCGACUAUAAUUAAUCCUACGCGUGCUUCUCAACUAGAGCAGGAGCACUGGAAUAAUCUCCUACCCCCAUCACCGACCACCCACGUCUCCGAACGUCCGACAGAUGGAACCCGUAUAGGUCCCCUCGAAGCAGCUAUAGAAAGGCGGAAGCAACAACCUUGCGUCUCCGUUCAUCUCUGUACCGAAAAGGAUUGGGAAGGUGACUGCUGGUGGGCCUGUUUCCGAGAUGGCCUGGAGACGUACCCGAACUGGAACUGGGGUGGCAAAGUCAAGUCCGCCCGCCCAGGUGAAGGCGCGACAUGCAAGUUCUUCUUGUGA